AAGAUUUUCUUUGCCUUAUCCAUUUUCUUUGCAUAUUUUCCAUUGCCGUGCUCUCCAGAUAAAUUAAAAAAAUCAAAAAAUACAAAUUCAAAGAAAGAUGACAGUAUUGUUACCAGCUUCACCCUUCAGCCGCCAUUUCUGCAACCCUCCUUCCAUUCGAUAUUCAUUUUCACAUAAAACUUCAAUUUGUUUAAGUUUUCCGCCAUUAAAGGGUAGCUUCAGAAUCCAUGGAAGCUCUGAUAAACUCGACACACCAAUAACUAUGGACGAACAAGACCAACAACAGCAAAAUUUGGAAAUUAACAAAUUAGAGGAGAGAGAAAAUAAUACUCCUUCCACUUCUACUUCUGCUCCAGCAAUUGAGAAAGACCUCAAAAAGGUAGUUAACAAGGCAGCUGCAACCUUUGCUCCUAGGGCUUCUACAGCUUCCAAAAACCCUGCUGUGCCAGGAAGUACAUUAUACCAAGUUUUUGAGAUCCAGGCAUAUGCGUCUAUGUUUCUGGGCGGAGUUCUGUCCUUUAAUCUAGUAUUCCCAUCAAAUGAGCCAGAUAUAUGGCGAUUAAUGGGCAUGUGGUCUAUUUGGAUGUUCACAAUUCCUUCACUUCGUGCCCGAGACUGUUCAAAGAACGAAAAAGAAGCACUCAACUAUCUGUUUCUCCUUGUUCCAUUGCUCAAUGUCAUAAUCCCAUUCUUCUGGAAGUCCUUUGCUGUUGUUUGGUCCGCAGACACAGUUGCCUUCUUUUUGAUGUACGCUUGGAAGUUGGGGUGGCUGCAGAAAACAGAGUCGUAAGGUUGCCAUCAUGGGUUCUCUUGGUGAAAGUCUUUCCUGUAGAAAUAUUAUUUUUUAUCUGAAUAAUUGAUAUUAUUACACACAAUAUGUACAAAACUUCCAAUGAUGCUGGAAACUCUAGGGGAGGAUCAGGAAAGACCGAAAUGCUUAGAAGGCGAAGUUAACAAACAGACAGUCUUUGAUUGGUUAUAGCAAAUUAAAAUGUAAAUUCCUGUAUUUGGUUCGAGUAGUGCGCCACAGACAGCACUUGCAGCUUGCAUAUCAAAAAUUCAUAGGCAUCGAACCCGUGUACAUUCUGGUAACCUUAAAGUCAGAAGCUUGAAUCCUACCAACUGCAACUGUUGUGGUUAUCUCAAGAGUCUGCCUUGCAAAUCCAGGUUUCACAUUUUUCCUUCUAUCUUACUGCGUAUAUUCAUUUUUUGUCUCGCUGCAUGUUCAAAAGCUUGAAUGUAACCGUUAUGAAUAAAUUCGUAAUCUGUAAUAGGUACUGUUAUAGGAAGUAUAUUUUAUGAAUUCCUUCACUUAGAUCGAUAUACAUAACACAUUACAAACCUAAAUUAAUGAACAGGAGGGUAGAUUGCCUGAACAUGAAAUACAUGUGUCGGAAUUUAUUUUUGAAAUGUAUGAAUGAAUAGAGAGAAGCAAACAAGUGUAGAUUGCCUGAAGUUAUAGUACAUGAGCAGUUUGUUUGCUUCAGUCAUGCCAUAGUUAUUCUUGGUGCAUAUUCUAUACAACACAUACGCAUAGGCAUUUAGGUUCUGUUUGGUUUGCCGUAAAACUUUACAGUGUAAUUUUUUCAUGGAAUUUUUUUUUCCAGGUAAAAGCACAAUUCAAAAUUACUUUUCCUUUGUUUGGUUCCUUAACAGAACAUUAAUGGGAAAAUAAAAAUGUGAGAAUAUUGAUGGAAAGAAGUAAGAUAGAAAAGGAGGAAAAAUGAAAAAGGUGGUUUUCAUUCUUUUCAAAUGGAAACUAUUUUUCACACUUGAGACACUUAUUGAAAAUUGUUUUCCAUCACUCGCCAGACCAAACAUAUGAUUAAAAAGGGAAAAAAUAUUUUACACUCUAUUAAACGGGGCCUUACGUUGAUUCGGAAUCUUGAUACGUAGUGAAAAUCCUUGAUAAACGGCCCUAUGACUUAGUUCCAGGUUUUGUGACAUAAAAGAAAAUACUUUCCUUUAGAAAAACAAUUGUAUUAGAUCGUAAAACCACAAUUAUAUGUAAAAAAAUAAAAUAUUACAUCGACUACAAUGGAAAUAAUGAAAACAUCCCUCAAAACAAAGAAAGUGGAAAUAUGAAAACAUCAUGCAAAGAAAUAUUUCCGACUAGAGUGUUGUCGUCGUUAGUGCUCUUUCCUUGCUCGAACGUAUGUCCCUAUGUACCGAAAACUGACCAGGCUGACUUGAAUGCAAUAAGGAAACCCGGCCCGUUGAUUUAACUAAUAAGCUUGUAGUUAUUAAUAUUUAGAGGUUCUCUUAUGAAGCUUUGAAGCAGUUAGAAUAAUGAGCAAGAGAAAUGCAAUAGCCCCCAUUAAAGAAAGGGCAACAGAAGCCGUAACUUGGUGGCAAAAUUUAGCAUACAUAUUACAAAUCUUUUUCCAUUGUAAAUGUGAGUUUCCUUUUAUACCUAUUAGCCCGAUUGCACCCGUUCCUCCGAUGCUGGAAAACAACAACGCAACCAUCAUUAAAUCUGCAACCAAUAUCAUCAAACGCGAAACACCCACUUUUCCACCUCCUUUACUUGCAAAUAUCAUAACUAGCAUUGUUGCUGCUGCGGAUACACUUGCGAUGGAGUUCGACACCACAGAGUAC